AUGCAAGGGUUGACAGUACGAGAACAGUUGGAAGAUUUCCCCGUCUUCCAGAUGUCCAUCAUCUCCAUCAUCCGGAUAGCCGAACCAGUUGCUUUUACCUCCAUGUUCCCCUAUAUAUACUUUAUGAUUAAGCAAUUCGGAGUAGCAGCCAAGGAAGCCGAUAUUUCGCGGUACAGUGGGUACUUGGCAUCGGCUUUUUCUUUCAGUCAGUUUCUCUGUUCGGUACUGUGGGGUAGGGCGUCGGAACGUUUUGGGCGCAAACCAGUUCUCCUAGUGGGUCUAAUGGGUACAGCAAUAUCGAUGAUUGUGUUUGGAUUCAGCACCAAUUUCUAUAUUGCGUUUUUAGCCCGGUUGAUGAUGGGAUCCUUGAAUGGAAAUGUCUCAGUUAUCAGAACAACCAUUGGUGAAAUUGCUGUAGAAAGAAGACACCAGUCUAUAGCCUUUAGCUCUCUUACUUUAUUAUGGAGUACAGGAGCAAUUGUUGGAUCUUGGUUGGGUGGAGUUUUGACAGACACAGAAAACUUACCAGAGCAAAUUGGACAGGGUCCCAAGGGCUCUAGUCUAUUAGAAAGAUACCCGUUUGCACUUUCCAACAUCGUAGUAGCAGGAGUUUUGUGCACUAGCAUUGUAAUUGGGUGGCUUUUCUUCGAAGAAACCCACGAACAUAAACGAUUUGAUAGAGACAGAGGUCUUGAAGUGGGGGAUUAUAUUAGAUCGAAACUUGGUCUAGAACAGCCUUUAAGACCAUGGAGGAAAUAUUCCAAUGUCUACGACCAACGUCGCCGUCCAGAAAGACUAAUGAGUGAUUAUGAUGGAAAUGAAAUGGACAGAAGUAGCAAUUCUUCGGAAAGUAUAGAGCUACAAUUGUAUUCGCUGAUAGAUCCAGACGCAGAAAGAGCAGGAGCAAUUCCUGGCUCAAAGCCUACUCAUGUAGAUUAUGUCGGCGCCUUUACCUGGCCAGUCAUAAAUACCAUCCUCAGUCAUUUCAUACUAUCUUUCCAUAACUUGGUGUAUUCCGAAUUCCUUCCUGUACUUCUUGCAGGCAAGAUUCAGCUUAAGGAUUUGCAAUUUCCAUUCAAGAUCAAGGGUGGCUUUGGGUUCUCCUCUGAUACAAUUGGGAUGAUCCUUUCGCUCACUGGGAUAGUUGGGAUCUUGGUGGUAAUAUUUGUCUUCCCCAUUAUAAACACCUACUUCAGUACUAUAAAUGGGUACCGAGUGGCACUUAUAUCUUUCCCCAUUUCACUUGUAAUUCUACCACUAUUGGUGUUUACACUUCCAGAAUACAACUCUCAUAUUCCGAACAAGUUCUUUACAGGAGUUUGUUUGUAUAUGAUUACAGGUUUGAAUACGUUUUCUGGUGCUACAGCAUUCUCCCAGAUCAUCAUCUUAAUCCAUAGAGCUCUGCCCAAGAAGUACCGUGCACUCAUCAACGGCUACACGUUGAGCAUCACAGCACUAGCUAGAUGUCUUGCACCCAUUAUCUGGGGCUGGAUCAUCUCCAAGUUUGACCAGAUGGGCUACAGCGGAGUAUCGUGGUGGCUCUUGUCGUGUAUAGCCAUAGGUGGCUUCUUCCAUUCGUUCGUACUAGAGGACUACCAGGAGGAGAUUUAG